GAAAGAAAACAAGUUUAUGAUCUGUCAUUACCAACUGCAACGUCUCUCUCUUCCUCACCAUCUUUCUUUCUUAAAUAUUCAAAGCCAAGUCGUCACAACUCGACCUUCCGUGUCCAUGUUCAUGUCAAAUGCCACCUCUCUCACCCUAUCUCUCUCUAUCACACACACCCACACACCAACCUCAUUGUUGAUUGGUCAAACUCAACGAUUCUUCUUCUAGUAGUUAUGCAGUUUUCUUUCUACCUUUUUGGCUGUAUAGCUCAUCUUCUGCUUGCAGAAUCUUUCACGUUCUUCUCCCUUUUUGAACCGAUAUGUGUACCUGCAAGCUUAACGCUUCCUUAGGAGUCUUCUCGUCGAGUAACUAUGGAAAUGGAGACCCGUUUGAGAGUCGACCAUGCCGCUUUCAAAUAGUCAACUCUGAUGUUUCCGUGAAAAUUUCUUCUGCAACAUGCGCCAGUGCAGUGUCGAUUCAGGUAAACAUGCGAUAUGGAAGCAUAACAGAAGCCGGAAAAGCUACAAGCAACUGGGGAGGAUAUGAAGGGAGUGAUAUUCACGCGUAAAAUUAGUCGGACAGCCUUCCUUGAGGCAGUCUAGCAGUCAUAUUUAUACCUCCUCCACCUUAUCAGGAGUUUCGAUGCCUAUCGAUGCUCCAACGUCCGAGGGACUGCAUUCCAGUCGCAAUCCUGGAAGAGCUACUAGAACCGGCAUAGGUAGUUUUGCGUGGUUCCGAAGCCAAAGGUUGCUGUAUUGGUUGCUAGUGAUCGCUUUGUGGUCUUGUCUGCGGCUCUAUGCGCAACCCAGGUGGGCUCAUGGUGGCAAGAAGGAUGAUGUCAUGGGUUCUGUAGAUGAACCAAGCCACUUUAUAAAUGAGAGUUUCUUGACCGUUAAACAUGAGAGUUUUGUGACAGCUAAACAUGAGAGCACUGCCAGCAGGCAGAGAGCGAAUGGUAGAUCACCAAAUCUAUUAAGGAAGAGGUAUAUGAGAACUGUCCGACAUUCGCGUAGCAGAGUGGAGAGGAAAAAGAAGGCCAUGGCGGCAAUGAAAAGCCACAACUUAGAGGAGAAGGAAAUGGUUCCUAUGAAGAAUGCCUCGUAUGGUUUGAUUGUCGGUCCAUUCAGCUCAAUAGAGGAUAAAUUACGCAGAAGCAUUGCGAAGAAACAAUCAGGAACAUGUGACUUGAAGGGGGAUUUCGGACGGGCCGUGAAGUCGAGGAAAUUCGUGUUGAUAUUUCAUGAACUCUCAAUGACGGGUGCUCCACUGUCCAUGAUGGAGUUGGCAACUGAGCUUCUGAGCUGCCGGGCGACUGUGUCAGUAGUGGUCCUCAGCAAGAAGGGCGGUUUGCUGCGGGAACUCACUCAGAGAAGGAUCAGAGUGCUUGAAGACCGAGCGGAACUCAGCUUCAAAGCUGCCCUCCAGGCCGACCUUGUCAUUGCAGGAUCGGCAGUAUGUGCAUCAUGGAUUGAGCAAUAUACUGAUCGAUACCCCGCUAAUUGGAGUCAAAUUGUUUGGUGGAUCAUGGAAAAUCGACGUGAGUACUUUGAUCGGUCAAGAAUGGUGCUAAACAGAGCGAAAGUGUUGGUUUUUCUUUCCAAGUCACAGUCUAGACAAUGGCUAACCUGGUGCGAAGAAGAGAACAUUAAACUGAGAUCAGCACCAGCAAUAGUACCAUUAUCAGUUAAUGAUGAACUAGCUUUUGUAGCUGGGAUGGCCUGUUCUCUAAAUACACCAUCCUUCACCCCCGAAAGGAUGAUGGAGAAAAGGCAGAAACUGAGAAAUUUUGUUAGAAAGGGUAUGGGACUGACAGAUGAAGACAUGCUUGUGAUAACUUUGAGUAGCAUAAAUCCGGGAAAAGGACAGCUCUUGCUUCUUGAAUCGGCACGUCUGGUCAUGGAAAAUUACUUCUCACAAGAAUCAAUUAGACUACGACGAGAUUUUAAUUUGAUAACUGGGAACCACUCAAGGUCAUUGUUCGAGGAGUCAAAUAAUAUUGGAUUGCCAAAUGAACAAUCUAUCCCCACUGAUCCUACCAACGAGAGAGAGAGGAAAAACUUAAGGUUGUCUGGUUUAUCAACUGCACUGACUGACAAGACUGCUGUGCCGAUUGAGAGCGGUCGCCGAAUAAGGGGUAGAAAAGAACUGUCAGAGAACGAAAGAAUGAACAGCAACACAUUGAAGAUACUUAUAGGUUCAGUGGGAUCGAAAAGCAAUAAACUGCCUUAUGUCAAAGAAAUGUCGAGAUUCUUAUCCCUGCGUUCAAACUUCUCAAAGUCAGUGCUAUGGACUCCAGCAACUACACAUGUUGCUCCACUUUACUCAGCUGCUGAUGCUUACGUCAUGAACUCCCAGGGGAUAGGAGAAACAUUUGGGAGAGUAACAGUAGAAGCAAUGGCAUUUGGGCUUCCGGUGCUCGGAACUGAUGCGGGAGGGACAAAGGAGAUCGUUGAGCAUAAUGAAACGGGACUUCUUCACCCUCCUGGUCGGCGAGGAGCUAAAGCUCUCGCCCUUAACCUCCGGUUUUUACUCGAGAACCCAUCAGUGAGGGAGCAGAUGGGGAUGAGAGGAAGGAGAAAAGUGGAGCGGAUGUACCUAAAACAGCACAUGUACCUAAAAUUAACAGAGGUUAUCUUCCAUUGCUUGAGAACGAAGUAAACUUCUAAAACCGGACGAUGUCUAUUCUCAUUCCCUUGAUUGUACACAGUUCAUUCAGAGAGCGCUAAUAAUCAUGUGACAGUAUAUCCACUAAUUUAGUAUAGUGGCAGAGGGUUUUCAAAUACAUUCACUUUGAUGAGGAGCAAAAGAAAGUGCAUUCAUUCAUGCU